UUCAAUCCAUGUGUCCGAAGUGAGAUUUGUCAAUGUGUAAAAGAAUUUGUCUAUGUGAACUGAGAGUUGAAAAAUGUACGUAUCCCACUACACAUCAGCAGAAAAUACAGACAACUCACCAGAAUUUACAUAUCCCAUUACACAUCAGCAGAAAAUACAGACAACUCACCAGAAUUUACGUAUCCCACUACACAUCGGCAGAAAAUGCAGACAACUCACCAGUUACGAGUCGUUCGGUUUCACAAUUGGCUGUUUUAUUUUCACGUGACUUUUGCUACACUUCUGCCGUGAGUGAGAUUCGUAUCUGAAAAACGUCUGGGUUUUAGCUCCCUGACCUCAGGCUCACAGGCUCCUCCAACUCGGCAGUUCCCGCCGUCUGAAAGCCAUCAGGCGGCGCUAUGCCCCAGAGUCUUUGAGCGUUCGUGACAUUGUGGGCCAGGGUGUGGACAAGAUGGAGCCCCGAUCGCAGACAGUUGCAGAGAAGAGUGUGGAGUCUGCGGCCAGAAAUCUUGUCGCGCUCAUCAGACAAAAUCUCAGUGCAGACAGUCAUCCUCCACCCAGUGCAGCUGCUGCAUUAAACACCCCAUCAGUGUCAUCGGAAAUGCAGAGGUCAUUUCCAGGCAUUUUCAGGGGAAAAAGGAGAUUUUUAAAUCGACCACAAACGGUCACUCGCAAACGGCUGUGUUUUCAGGUCUAUCUCCUUCCCUCUCCUGCAACUGUGACUCCAAAAGCAGAUGAGGAACUCCGUUUUUUCCAGGCAGGGCUAGGCAUGAGAAUGGUAUCAUUACCAGAGGAUGCAGCUCAUGAUCAGAUAUCUGAAAUGCUUAACCAAGAGUACCCUAAACUCCAGACCCUGAAGGGGUCUUGGAUGUUUUACAAGGCUUCAGGGGGACAUGGACAAAGGCAGCUGACAAUUGUAAGUCCCCAGGUGGAAGGUUACACCACCUCACAACUGAAAAGGGCAUCAAAUGGAGGAAAAUACAUGCUAUACAUAGCUCCAUUACAGGGUGAAUUGGAUGUUACCCCGCUUUCCAAAAAUGCUUCAGAAUUUUCCAAAAUGCCAAAAGCCACUUGUGAAAAUUGUCAGGAGACAAUGCCAAUUCAUCUUUUGGCCCUCCAUGUUGAGAGUUGCAAAGAAAAUGUCACUGACUGUAACGACCAGGACCAGGACUAUAACUCUGAUACUGAGUGCGUCUCUGUCAGUAACUCGUCAACUGAUGACACUGUCUUAUACCCAAGGUCCACAUCCCGCAAUGAUAUUAACACAAACCCUACAGCUGUGUCCUCCAUGACUUCCUGCCCCAUCUGUAGACAGCUGUAUCCUACACACACUGUGGAGAUCCAUGCAAGUUUCUGUGGCGAGAGCAUCCCUGAUGUCCAAGAUAAUGCAGGAACAUCACUUCCUCAAAGUACAGCACCUAGCACAUCAGCAGGUACAUCAGGGGAGAUCAUUUCUCCCUUUGUGCAGUGA